GGAGUUCUGCCUCAGGAGAUGAGUUCUAGUAUAAGGAUAAUCCUUUAUGACCCUUUGCUCAAAAGUAUUACUCAUCCAUCUAUAGGCAAAUGUGGGGGUUGACAAAGAUCAAUGCUGUUGGUACACAGAAGUAAUGAUGGGAGGAAAGCUGAUGCUUUGAAAGAAAAUGGGCUGGAGGAAUUGGGGUACCCUCACUGAGCUGUGAAGGGUCCCAAAACGUAUUCAUUUCUUAGCAGCUGUUGGUAUGUCAGGGGCCAGGAAUUGGCAUGGUAAACCUAAAAUUGUCCCAAGCAGUUAGCUGACCUCACUGAAGUGGUGUGCUCUGCUCUGCCUGACCCUCUUCUUGAGCCUCCGAGCUAAAAUGCUUUUGAGAUCUUUCCUAUUGGCUCAGUUGGGAAAACCAAUUGAAGUUCCCUUGUCCAUGUUAGGAGGUACACGCCUCCUGAACUAAAGAUAGAAACAGCUGGCUCUUUGAGGCAGCUAAAAGCCUCCGACUAAGAGGUGUUCCCCAUUUGGCAGCCAGACUCUUUGAAAUACUGUUUCAGUACUUUGUACCAGCGACUCCAUGUCUCAUCUCUGCCAUAACAAAGGCUGUGGGCAGCACUUUGACCCUAAUACCAACCAUCCUGAUUCCUGUUGCCAUCACCCUGGGGUUCCGAUCUUCCAUGAUGCACUUAAGGGUUGGUCCUGCUGCCUGAAGAGAACUGUAGAUUUCUCUGAGUUCUUAAACAUCAAGGGCUGUACUGUGGGACCACACUGUGCUGAGAAGCUGCCUGAGGCCCCUCAGCCUGAGGGCCCUGCUACAAGCAGUACACUUGAGGAGCAAAAACCUGUGAAUACCAUCCCAAAGUCAGCAGAGACUUUGCGCCAGGAGAGGCCCAAGUCAGAGUUACCUCCAAAGCUGCUUCUGCUAAAUAUAUCCCAAGCCCUGGAAAUGGCAUUGGAACAGAAGGAAUUAGACCAGGAACCUGGAGCAGGACUUGACAAUAGUCAUAUCCGGACUGGUUCCAGUUGCCAAAACCCAGGAUGUGAUGCUGUUUACCAAGGCCCUGAGAGUGAUGCUACUCCAUGCACCUACCACCCAGGAGCACCUCAAUUCCAUGAGGGGAAGAAGUCCUGGAGCUGUUGUGGCAUCCAAACCCUGGAUUUUGGGGCAUUCCUGGCACAGCCAGGAUGCAGAGUUGGCAGACAUGACUGGGGGAAGCAGUUGCCAGUGUCUUGCCAGCAUGAUUGGCACCAGACAGAUUCCUCAGUAGUGGUGACUGUGUAUGGCCAGAUUCCACUUCCUGCAUUCAACUGGGUGAAGGCCAGUCAAACUGAGCUUCAUGUCCACAUUGUCUUUGAUGGCAACCGUGUGUUCCAAGCACAGAUGAAGCUCUGGGGGGUCAUAAACGUGGAACAGAGCUCUGUCUCCUUGAUGCCAUCUCGGGUGGAAAUCUCCUUGGUCAAGGCUGACCCAGGAUCCUGGGCCCAGCUGGAGCACCCUGAUGCACUAGCUGAGAAGGCUAAGGCAGGGCUUGGGUUAGAGUUGGAUGAGGAAGAAUUUGAGGAUUCAGAUGAUGAUCUGAGCUGGACAGAGGAGGAGGAAGAGGAGGAAGUGAUGGGGGAAUAGUGACACCAGACAGUCAAGUGUCUAGGUAGGACCUCAGUGACUUUCUUAGAACCUCAGAGACCAAGAUAUGGUUGGUCAUGUGGUGUCCUUGAGUAGCAGGAGGCCAAAGGAGGGGAGAACAAAAGUGUCCAAGCCACGCUGUUUUUUCCCUUAAAUAAACCUUGUGCUCUUCAGUUUCACAUGGUGUCAUUCUGUCACCUUACUAUCUGGGAUUGUAUCCUUUCCUCCAGCUUCUGUGUGCAUUCCACACACAUGUGUGAAAACAAGCAUGUGCACAUUCAAUCUAGUCUUUAUAGCCACCAGGGAUAUACUGAGUACUUACUGUGUGCCCAGUUAUGUGUUAGGUGCUUUAGAGGUUUCUGACACACAGGAGACUUAUUCCUUCCUUAUAGGAAAACUACAGUCUGGCUGACAUGACAAGAUUAAUGUACAUGAAAUAAAAAUAAACAUUAUCAGGUAGUUUGAGUGUUAAAAUUUUGCAAUGCAGUUGACCCUUGAGCAACACAGGUUUGAACCUCCUGGGUCCACUUACAUGGACCCAAUAUAUUUUCAAUAAAUAUAGUGGAAAAUUUUCUGGAGCUCUGCAACAAUUGGAAAAAAUACUUUCUUUAGCUUACCUUACUGUAAGAAUACAGUAUAUAAUACAUAUAACAUAAAAUAUGUGGUAAGGCUUUGGCUCAAGAGUAGGCUAUUAGUAGUUUAGCUCUUAGUAGUUAAGUAAAAAGGGGUAGUCAGAAGUUAUAUGUGGAUUUUUGAAUGCAUGGGGGGGUCAGUGCCCCUAAUCCCUACAUUGUUCAAGAGUCAUAUAGUUUUUAAGAGCUGUAGGAGUUGAGUGAAUGGAGAGACUGAUGUGGACCAUAGUGGAAAGGGAAGGCUUCAGAGAAGAAGUACUGCAUCUUUUUACAGCUUUAUUGAGGUACAGUGCACCCAUUUGAAGCUGUAAAAUUCAGUGAUUUUUUUUUUAGUAUACUCAGAACAGUGCAACCACAAUCCAUUUUAGAAUAUUUGCAUCACUCCAUAGAGAAGCCCUGUGUCCAUCAGCAGUCCCUCCAAAUUUCCCCCCAAACUCAUAGCCUUAGGCAACCACUAAUCUACUUUCUGCCUCUAUGGCUUUACCUAUUCUGGGUAUUUCAUAUGAAUGGAAUCAUACAACAUGGUCUUUUGUGACAGGCUUCUUCCACUUAGGAUAAUGUUUUCAAGGUUCAUCCAUGUUGUAACAUAUAUUAGUACUUCAUUCCAUUUUAUGGCUGAAUAAUAUUCUACCAUGUGUAUUGCCCACAUUUUGUUCCUCUUUCCAUCAGUUCAGGUACAUUUGGUUUGUUUCUACUUUUUGGCUAUUAUGAGUAAUGCUCCUAGGGAAUAUUCAUGUACAAGAUUUGAUGUGAACAUAACAUUUUGAUUUCUUGGAUAUAUGGGAGCAUAAUUUCUGGGUCAAAUGGUAACUUUAACAUUUUGAGGAAAUGCCAGACUGUUUUCCAAGGAGGCUGCACCAUUUUACACUCCCGCCAGCAGUAUAAGAGGGUUCCAUUUUCUCCACAAUCUUGCUAAUGCAUGUUAUUUGUCUUUUUCAUUACAGCCAUCCUAGUGGGUGUGAAGUAGAAUCUAAAUGUGGUUUUAAUAUGCAUUUCCUUCUGUAAUGGCUGAUGACUGGUGAGCAUCUUUAAAUAUGCUUAUUGGCCAUUUGUGUAUCUUAUUUGGAUAAAAGUCUAUUCAG